UUGAGGUCAAAGAAAGCCAACGUAGGCUGCCUUUCACAAACCCGAAUCAAGCCUUCGAAAUCUUCUCUCCUGAUACUAAUUUGCUCCUGUAGCCAGACUCAAAGCUUUGCAACAAUGGCGACAUCAACAGUAUCGUCCUCUUCGUCAUAUUUUACAGGGAAAUCGGAUGAAGAAAUCGAGGAAAUGCUUGAUCGAAUGCUUACUCGAUUGGCCCUUUGCGAUGACCCCCAACUCGAAAACUUGCUCCUUAAGUUACUUCCUGUUACCAUUUCCUCGCUCUCACGUCCAUCUUCUGCCGUCAGAACCAAGGUAAUGGAAAUCCUAAGCCAUGUCAACAAGAGAGUGAAACACCAGCAACAAAUAGGUUUGCCUUUGGAAGAAUUAUGGGAAUUGUAUAUGGAAGCUAAUGCUGCUCCAAUGGUUAGAAACUUUUGCAUUGUGUACAUUGAGAUGGCAUUCGACCGUGUCAGCAAAGAGAAAAAGGAAAAUAUAGCACCCACUAUGAUAGCUAACAUCUCAAAGCUCCCUCCUCAACACCAAGAUAUAGUUUUCAGAAUAGUCAUAAAGGUGAUUGGUGAAUGUCACUCAAGUAAAAUUAGUGAUGAAAUUGCUGCAAAGUAUAAACUCAUAAGUGGAUCUCAAGACAAAGAGAUGUUUGUUGAGUUUUGCCUUUAUACACUUUUGUAUCAACCAUCAUCCAUUAGUGGGGGAUCCCCACCUGGGCUUUCAGUUUCUCAAAGCAACCGUGUGGCAGGGAAGACUCCACUGAAUCAUGACAUGCUUCUCAUUAGAAAGUUGGGUUUGUUGAAUGUUAUAGAUGUCAUGGAGCUUCCAGCUGAACUUGUAUAUCCUCUCUAUGUUGCUGCAUGUGUUGAUAGACAUGAGCCUGUUAUUAAAAGAGGCGAGGAACUUUUGAAGAAGAAAACUUCUGGUGUACAAUUAGAAAAUUCUAAGCUGAUAAAUAGGCUGUUUUUGCUAUUCAAUGGGAAUGUUGGAGCUGAACAUAUUGCUCAAGAUUUGAGGGUCAGUCCUGGGAAUCCUGCUUUAAGAGUGAGGUUAAUGUCGGUAUUUUGCCGGUCAAUUACAGCAGCAAAUAGUUUUCCUUCAACUUUACAGUGCAUAUUUGGCUGCAUAUAUGGAAAUGGUACCACAUCAAGGUUGAAGCAAUUAGGAAUGGAGUUUACUGUAUGGGUUUUUAAGCAUGCAGAAAUUGAGCAGCUGAAACUAAUGGGCCCUGUUAUACUUAGUGGUGUUCUUAAGUCCCUUGAUGGUUAUACAGGUUCAGAAUCAGAUACAAUUGCACGUGAGACCAAAACCUUUGCUUUCCAAGCAAUUGGAUUGCUUGCAAAGCGCUUGCCUCAACUUUUCAGAGAUAAAAUUGACAUGGCUGUUCGGCUUUUUAAUGCUUUGAAAUUAGAGUCUCCAUUAAUUCGUCUGAUUGUCCAAGAAGCAACCAACUCUCUUGCUGUUGCAUAUAAAGAUGCACCAAAAACAGUCUUAAUUGAUUUAGAGUCACUUCUCCUGGAAAAUUCUCAAGUGGAACAAGGUGAAGUACGAUUUUGUGCUUUAAGAUGGGCUACAACCUUAUUUGACUCACAACACUGCCCAAGUCGAUUUAUCUGUAUGCUUGGUGCUGCAGACACUAAACUGGAUAUAAGGGAGAUGGCAUUGGAGGGUCUCUACCUUGGGAAAGAUCAAAGUAGAUCCACUAGUGAAACCCUAAAUCACAAAUACCCUAAACUGUCAGACAUGCUAGAUUACAUUGUUAAACAACAGCCUCAAUUGCUAGAAUCAAGUGAAAUUAGGGAAGAACGGCUUCUUUUUCCAUCUCAGACAUAUAUUGCUGCAAUUAGGUUUUUGUUACAGUGUUUUGAGGCUGAUGUAGAUCAAAAGAUUGCAACAGAAACAAGUGUAGGGAACAUGUGUUUAUUGUUGGAGCAUGCAAUGGCAUAUGAAGGUUCUGUUGAGUUGCAUGCAACUGCCUCCAAGGCUUUGAUUGAAGUUGCAUCUCACUUUCCAGAGGUGUUGGCUUCUCGUUAUGCUGUUAAAGUACCAUGGUUAAAGCUGUUACUAGCCCAUGUGGACUUAGAUACACGAGAAUGUGCAGCUCGUUUACUUGGAAUUGCUUCUUGUGCUCUUCCUAUGGCUGCUGCUUCUGAUCUUAUUCAUGAACUGAUUUCAUCUAUCAAAGGAUCAGUAAAGUCAAGGUUUGAAAUUCAGCAUGGAAUUUUAUGUGCUCUUGGAUAUGUCUCUGCAAACUGUUUGUUAAGAACUCCUACUAUCACAGAUUCAUUGCUUCAAAACACACUGAAAUGUCUAGUUGAUGUAGUCAAUUCUGAAAGUUCUACAUUAGCUUCAGUUGCAAUGCAAGGGCUAGGUCAUAUUGGUCUAUCUGCCCCCCUACCAAAACUUGUUCAUGACACUCACACAGAUGAUGUCUUGACAUUUUUACGUGAAAAGUUAAGCAAGAUUCUUUCUGGUGAUGAUACAAAAUCAAUUCAAAGAAUUGUUCUAUCUUUGGGGCACAUGUGUGUCAAGGAAUCAUCUUCUUCCAUCAUCAAUGAGGCACUUGACUUAAUCUUUAGUCUUGCUCGAUCUAAGGUUGAGGAUAUUCUGUUUGCUGCUGGUGAAGCUCUUUCAUUCUUAUGGGGUGGAGUUCCAGUGACUACAGAUAUGAUCCUGAAAACCAACUACAGUUCACUCUCCAUGACUUCAAAUUAUUUAAUGGCAGAUAUACCCUCAGCUAUCAUCCCAACAUCUAUUGGGCUUGAAGGAAAUGAAGAGUGCCAUGUUUUUGCUAGAGAUACGAUUACUAAAAAACUGUUUGAUAGUCUAUUAUACAGCACCAAAAAAGAAGAAAGAUGUAGUGGAACUGUUUGGUUAGUAUCACUCACAAUGUACUGUGGUCAACAUCCAUCAAUUCAACAAUUACUUCCAGAUAUUCAGGAAGCAUUUUCACAUCUAAUUGGUGAGCAAAAUGAACUCACACAAGAGCUUGCAUCUCAAGGUUUAAGUAUUGUAUAUGAACUUGGUGAUGAAUCAAUGAAGAAGAAUUUGGUAAGUGCAUUAGUUGGCACGCUGACUGGGACAGGAAAGAGGAAAAGAGCAGUGAAGCUUGUUGAAGAUACUGAAGUAUUCCAAGAGGGGUCGAUUGGGGGAACUUUGAGUGGAGGGAAACUUAGUACUUACAAGGAGCUUUGCAAUUUGGCAAAUGAAAUGGGACAACCAGAUUUGAUUUAUAAAUUCAUGGAUUUAGCCAAUCAUCAAGCUUCUUUGAAUUCCAAAAGAGGUGCUGCUUUUGGAUUCUCAAAGAUUGCCAAGCUGGCAGGUGAUGCAUUACAACCAUAUCUUCGCCAGUUGGUUCCAAGGCUUGUAAGAUACCAGUAUGACCCUGAUAAAAAUGUUCAGGAUGCAAUGGCACAUAUUUGGAAAUCACUUGUUGCAGACUCGAAAAAAACUAUCGAUGAAUAUUUGGAUCUGAUUAUUGAAGAUAUGUUGGUACAAUGUGGGUCCAGGCUUUGGCGUUCCCGUGAGGCUUCCUGUCUUGCUCUUGCAGAUUUAAUCCAAGGGCGUAAAUUUAAUCAGGUUGGGAAGCAUCUAAAGAACAUAUGGACAGCUGCAUUUCGUGCCAUGGAUGACAUAAAAGAGACUGUUAGAAAAUCAGGGGAAAGACUAUGUCGUGCUGUUACUUCAUUAACAUUAAGGCUUUGUGACAUAUCUCUCACUGAAAUUUCUGAUGCAAAAAACACAAUGGAUAUUGUUUUACCUUUGUUGCUCACUGAUGGAAUUAUGAGUAAAGUUGAUGACAUUCGCAAGUCAUCAAUUACCAUAGUCACAAAGCUUGCAAAGGGUGCAGGCAUUGCAAUCCGCCCACAUUUAUCUGAAUUAGUUUGUUGCAUGCUUGAAAGUUUAUCAAGUCUUGAGGACCAAGGACUGAAUUAUGUUGAGAUGCAUGCAGCAAAUGCUGGGAUACAAACAGAAAAGCUUGAAAACUUACGAAUUUCAAUAGCCAAAAGCUCUCCACUUUGGGAAACCCUAGACUUAUGCAUAGAUGUUGUUGAUGACCAAUCACUAGAACAGUUGGUCCCACGUCUUUCCCAAUUAGCUCGAUCUGGUGUUGGCCUAAAUACUAGGGUUGGUGUGGCAAGCUUUAUUAGCCUUUUAGUUCAAAAAGUUGGUGGAAGUAUUAAACCAUUCACAAGCACACUUCUUAGACUCCUGUUUCAAGUAGUGAAAGAGGAAAAAAGUGGUGCAUCCAAACGCGCCUUUGCAAAUUCUUGUGCAUUUGUUAUAAAAUAUGCAGCCCCUUCACAAGUCCACAAGCUCAUUGAAGAAACUGCUGCUUUAUAUAAUGGUGAUCGGAAUUCACAGAUUGCAUGCGCCCUUUUAUUAAAAAGCUACGCAUCGACAGCUGGCGAUAUCUUAAGUGGAUAUUAUGCAACAGUUGUGCCAGUUAUUUUUCUCUCAAGGUUUGAGGAUGAUAAAAACGUGUCUAGUCUGUAUGAGGAAUUAUGGGAAGAGAACAUGACAAGUGAACGUCUCACACUUCAGUUAUAUGUAAGUGAGAUUGUUACUCUAAUAACUCAAGGCAUUGCUUCAUCAUCGUGGGCUAGUAAAAGGAAGGCAGCGAAAGCAAUUGUAAAGCUUUGUGAAGUGUUGGAUGAAUCUUUAUUUUCAUAUCAUCAAGUGUUGCUUACAUCUCUUAUGAAUGAGAUUCCUGGACGUAUAUGGGAGGGAAAGGAGGAUCUACUGGAAGCCUUGUCUUCUCUUUGUACAUCUUGUCAUACAGCAAUUUCUGCUGCUGAUCCAUCUUGUGAAAGUGCCAUCUUGAAUGUGGUAACCUCAGCAUGCAGUAAAAAAUCCAAGAAAUUUCGUGAUGCAGGCUUUCGAUGUCUAGAGAAGGUUCUAAAAGCCUUCAAAAAUCCAGACUUUUUUGGUGUGGUGUUCCCAUUAAUGUUUGAAAUGUGCAAUUCAGCAUUCAACUCUCAAUCCAAACAAGUGUCUUCACCAAAUGACACUGAAAAAGCAGAGGCACAUGAGAAAGAGGAAUCUUCUGUUCCCCAUGAAAAGAUUAUUGAUUGUGUUACAUCUUGUGUUCUUCUUGCUCGAUUAAGUGACAUUCUUAAAUGGCAAAAGGAUUUGGUACAUGUGUAUCUAAACUCCCUAGCACCUGCUAUUCCUUGGAUAGUUAAAGUUUCGGUGUUCACAUCAAUUAAAGAAUUAUGUUGGAGGAUAAAUGAAGGUUUAAAGGAUUCUGAUAAAUCUAGCCAACAGCUUGAUAGAUCAGCAUUAGCUAUAGAGUUGUUUUAUUCUUUAUCACCCAAGGUGAUUGAUUGUAUAUCCAUAGUAAAGAUUGCACAGGUUCACAUAGCAGCUUCUGAGUGCCUUCAUGAACUAACCAAGCUAUACAGAGACCUUCCGGAAGCAUGUAUAGCAGAGAUACCUUUUAAAACCGAGCUUCUCCAUCAAUGGGAGAUUGAAAAAAACGAACAGGCAAAGUCAUAUAUGAAGAACUGCAUCGACAUUAUUGACACUAUUCAACACAAAAUUCUCUAGAACAAUUUUUAUCUUCCUGGAUUUUGUACAUUCAUAAAACUUUUUCUUUUUUCAUUGUGUGUUUUUUAAUCUCACAAUCUUAAAACCCUAGACUUGGUUAUAUACCACAAUUGAUCUCAAGAGUCCAACACUAGUAUCAAUUCUUGCCCUACGUUUGGGAUUUUUGUUUAUCAAGUGAUAAUGUCGACAAUAUGAUUCUAGGCGUGUAUGUAUAUGUAUUAUCAUGUGACGAUAUGAUUUUAGGCGUGUA